CAGCUUGCCUUCCGUCAAACAGUACAUGAUUAUGGCACAGAUCUUUGCUGGACGCCCAUGAUUCUGGCCAAAGAGUUCAACAGGAACCGAUUUGCCAGAGACAGUGAUCUCACUAUCUCCACAAACGGACCGCAACCUCCAACAGUGGUACAAUUUGGUGCCAACGAUCCCCAAGAGUUAGCCCGAGCGUCUACCCUCGUAGCUCCUUACGCCGGCGGCGUGGAUCUGAACUGCGGAUGCCCUCAGUCAUGGGCAUGCGCUGAGACGCUUGGUGCCGCGCUGAUGGAAAAGCGAGAACUGGUGCGGGACAUGGUCAUUGAGACUCGAGAGUAUCUGAGACAAGAUGGAUGGGGUGUUGGGAAGGAGAGGGAUGUCGAUAACCCCAAGGGAAGGAGCGUCAGCGUCAAAAUCCGUGUUCACAAAGACUUGAGAAAAACGAUGGACUUCAUCACCACCGUUCUCGGCCCCUCGCAAGACCGCCACAUCGACUGGCUUACUAUUCACCCUCGCACCCGCCAAACCCCCUCCAGCACACCCAUCAACGUCGAAGCGCUCGAGAUCCUCACCACCACCUUCGGCGACAAAGUCCCCAUUCUCCUCUCAGGCGAUGUCUUCACCCUCAACUCUCUCCCUUUCACCUCCCCUUUGCUAGACCCAGCCAACACGCCCACCCUCACCAGCAAGUCCAUCACCACCGAUAAUGUUGAGAAAAAGAAAACACCACAAUCCCCUCUGCUUAACCUCCCCAAACUCUCCGGGCUAAUGUCCGCCCGCGCCAUCCUCGCCAACCCGGCCCUCUACGCCGGCUACGACGCAUGCCCGUGGGAGGCCGUGGAGACGUUCAUGAGCCACCUGGCACGGGCGCCGCUGCCCUUCAAGCUUGUGCAGCACCACCUCAGCGAGAUGUGUGCGCCGGGCAUGGGACCGAACAAGAAUGCCCUGCUAAGCAAGCCGGAGCGCAACGCCAUGCUGAGUUGCACGAAUAUGGUUGACUUGGUGGAUUUCUUGGAUGAGAAGGCGAGGGAGAAGGGGUAUGGAGAUGAGUUUGGGUUGAGGAGGGCGGUGUGAGUUGUGUCAACGAGCCAGGUUGACUUUGAAGGAGUUCAGUUGUUUAUGAAUGGAAGAUGGCAAUCCCUGAAUAGAACAAGGCAUCCAUGGGGAUUGAGCCAUGGUUAAUGCGUGAAGUCCUGUUGAUCCAUAGCUUCAUGUUUACUGGUGGGCUCAAACGAGGCCCCCCGCUGCUUGUAGCCUGAAAUGGAGGGGAUAAAACCUACCUCUCUCACCUUUGCCGGCAUUAAACUUGUUAGCGUGGUGAUUUGCAAGUGGCAAGAACUCUAAUUUGCGUACAAAGGAUGGCUAGUUUGACCACUUCUAAAUCCUUGAAUACUGUAAAGUGGUGGUACC